AUGGCCGAGGUUCAGCUCAUUGCGACACUGCGUCCCGCCGCUGGAAAAGAAGAGCAGCUUCGAGAAAUCCUCUGCCAGACGGUCGGCCACGUGACCCGUGUGGAAAAAGGAUGCUUCACCUUUCUUCUAACUGAAAGUCGUGGCGCUGAUAAUGUGCUCGAGUUCAAGGUCAUCGAGAGGCAAGUGGGCCAGCUCAGAGAUUCUGGCGCAGCAUCACCACCGAGAUUGGCUGCAACAAAUGUACCAGAUCUUCGAGGAGCAGAAUCUGCUGGAGGGUCCGGAGCGCAUCGAGCAUUUGACCUUUAUUUCAGGUUUUGUGUCGCGCUAGAUCUGCAACGCAGCGCAUCUGUCGAGGGUCUCAAAGUGUUGAUUGGUAGAUGA